AAAUACAGAUUUCAGAAUUCUCAGUUUUUGAAUAUUCCGUUCCUAAGGAAUGAGAACGAAUUCUAAAUUGUAUUUUCUAGCAUUAUACGUAUAUAUAUAUAUCGGAAUGUUCAUCUAACUCUGUCUAUAUUUUUUUUUCUGAAGCUGUUCUAGAAACAAAGAAAGAUAUUAAUCAUCAUAUAUUGCAAUUAGUGUGAAAGAAAAGUCAAGGACAACUAUCAUACGAAUUCCGCAGUGGCGAUGACGUCUAUCACGUCUAUGAUAAGUCGCUAGUGAUGUGUCUGUAGCAUCUGCGAUGUCUGUCAUAUCUGUUUGUGGGAGGGAGAGUCCAAAUUUCUACUCCUAUACUUUUUUUAGAUCAUGUUUCAUGAAAACGUAUGAAAUAUAGUGUUCAGAAAUUCUCUACAAAAUGAGACAUCGCAGAGUUCUCUGAGACGUUUUUUGACUGACAAAGGAAGGAACCACUCGAGAUGAUAUCUUGUAUUUGAAAUGAAGCCUCAGUCAUUAUGUAGAGUUCGUUGAUACUGGAAGGGUUCUUUCCCAUAUGCUACCCUUUUCUAGUUAUGACCGUCAUAAGUUUGUGGCAAUGCAAAAUUCGAGCGGUUUUUAUUUUUAUACAUGGUUGGAUGUAGCUCGACGAACUGAAUCCGAAUAUAUAUAUAUUAUAUUAAAAAAAAAACAAGUUUUUAAUGUCAAAAACUCAAAAAAAUCCGAGCUUCGGAAAAUCUGACGUUUGUAGAGAAAAGUACCUACAGUGUUCCUUUAACAAAAUUUGCUAUCGCUUUGAAAAGUUUUUUUUUUCUUAAUCUACGUGAUAAAUUGAUUCUAAAAAUGUAGUUGCUGAUCAUUCAGCUCGAUGUGAUCAAUCUAAUGACGGUAAAAUAAAGGUUCUAUCUUUAUUUUUCUUAGGACAAAAUGUUGUUUCCGAGCUGUUGAAAUAUACGACAUUUCUUAAACAUACAGACAAGAACUGAAUGAUCAGCAACUACAUUUUUAGAAUCAGUUUAUCACGUAGAUUAAGAAAAAAAAUCUUUCAAAGCGAUAGCAAAUUUUGUUAAAGAAGUUGUCGGUACUUUUCUCGAAAAACGGUAGGUUUUCCGAAGCUCGAAUUUUUUUGAGUUUUUGACAUCAAAAAAAAUUUUUUUUCCUGAAUAUAGUAUAUAUAUUCGGAUUCAGCUUGUCGAGCUGCAUCCAAUCAUGUAUAAAAAUAAAAAUUGCUCGAAUUUUGUAUUGCCGCAACUUUACUGAAUUUUUUACCUUUGGCAUAGUAUUUAUGAAAAUACCGGACUGAUGAAUUUUGCCUUAACACUUUACCUAUAGGUAGCUUUUUGAAGUCAUUAGAAUCUCAGCCAAAAAGAAUGGUCUCUUUUUGAGAUAUAAAAUCCACGAAAAACAAACUAGAUUUUCCGUCCUUUUGAUGGAAUAUCAUGAUUUUUUAUCGAUUUGAUAUCUCGAGAAGAAACCACUCUUUUUGGGUGAGAUUCUAAUGACUUCAACAGCUGUUUAUAGGCAGUAGAGUCCAUCGGAUUCUACUCGAACCUGACUGGAUCCGAAUCUAAAAAUUCAUGGAUCCAAUAGACUCUAAUGAGCUAAAAUCAAAAUGACAGUGUAUACAAAAGAAUUCUUUAAGUCUUAACAGACUCGACGUAAUAAUUAGAGUCUUAUCUUAAAUGCGAUCUAUCACCUUGGAUAGAUUGGAACGAUAAAUAAAAGUGACAUCGCUAAUUAGAAAUAUGUCCUUCUGAACAAAUGAAUCUAUUUUAGAACGGUACGACGUUCGGAUGAUAAUCGUUAUAUUUCUCCAAAUACUCAACGUCGAAAUAUUCCUGUAUCAGUUUUUGCACCGGCUAAACUUGAUAAUAAACGUCCUGCACCUGCUCCACCAACAUCAAAUUUUGAAUCUCAAAAUCAAUUAUCUUAUUCAUCACGUAUAAAUGAUAAUAAUUCUAUGAUGAAAUUAAAUGAAAAUCAAAUGAAUAAGAAAAUCUCAUCAACGAAUUCAAAUGUUAAUAUACCAACAAAUAUUGUUAUGAAUGAAUUUAAUCUCACAACUGAUAAACAAGAUAAUAAUAAAAAAAUGAACGUAUUUGAACGAUUAUUUCGUGGUAAUAAGAAAAAAAAUUAA